AUGGUCUCUCCCGAAGACUAUCCACGCCUUCUCCAGACCGCAGUCUCGAUCGCAGAGAAAGCCGCCCCGCUCAUCGUCGAUGCCUUCCACAGCCGCUCUCGCCAGUCCGAUUCUCUUGCUGCUGCUGCCGACAUCAAAGUCGCCACCAAGGGCGGCAACCCCGUCGAUCUCGUCACAGCUACAGAUAUGGCCGUGGAGCAACUCAUCUUCUCCGAGCUCCGGAGCAACUUCCCCGACCACGCCUUUGUGGGCGAGGAAACCAUGGCCCAGAGCACCGACUCCAGCUGCGGGCUCUCGGACCGCCCCACCUGGAUCGUCGAUCCCAUCGACGGCACCACCAACUUUGUCCACGGCCUGCCCUUCGUGGCCAUCUGCAUCGGCCUGACGGUCAACAAAACCGCUGUUCUCGGCGUGGUCUUCAAUCCGAUCCUGGGCGAUCUAUACACUGGCAUCGCUGGUCAGGGCUCCUUCUGGAACGGCAAGCAGCUGCCGCUCUUUGAUCCUCCGCGCCCGCUGGAAUCGCUGGCUGAGGCCCUUGUCAUCAGCGAGUACGGCUCCGAUCGAUCUGCCUCCGUUCUGUCCUCCAAGGUCGAAACCAUCCACCGGAUCAUGGCCGCCCCAUCUCGCGGGUUCCGCUCCUUUGGCAGUGCCGCCAUCAAUAUGUGCUUUGUCGCCCGUGGCAGCUGCGAUCUCUACUGGGAAGCCGGCAUCCACAUCUGGGAUAUUUGUGCGGCCAGCGUCAUUGUCCGCGAGGCCGGCGGAGCCGUUCUCAACUGGACUCGACAGGACGCACAGCCGUCGGCACCCUCUCGCUUGGCUGGUUGUUCGCCGCAGGUUCUUCAGGAGCAGUUCGACCCCUUGGCACGCUCGGUUCUCGUUGUCCGCUGCAUGGGCGACUCCAACCAGGGCUUGGAUGCCCUGGUCGAAUCAGUUCGAGGACGUCUUGGCCCGCUGCCCGAGAUGUCGAGAGAUUAA